CUCUUGGGCAAAACCAACAACCUCCCUCAAUUACAACCCCCUUCCGCUUUCCCACCCCCCACACAAGACCUCCGGUCAUCAUUCAAUUGAUCUCUGUCGCAAUGGGUCUCUCCGACUUUUUCUCUGACGUCGUCUCCUCCUUCGGUUUCACCGAGGCCCAGGCUGAGGCUCCUGCUCAAGACACCGAGACCGAGACCACCACCCAGGAAGAGCCCGCCGAGAAGGAGGAGUCCGCCUCCACCGAAACCACCGAGACCGAGUCCGCUGAGGAAACCCCCGAGGAGACCCCCGCUGAGGAGGAGUCUUCCGAGGAGGCUCCCGAGGAAGAGGAGGCUGAGGCCGAGGAGGAGGAAGAGGAAGAGGAGGAGGAAGAGGAGCCUGAGGACCUCAAGCCCAAGCUCGAGGAGGAGUGCGCCCACUCCGCCGUCUGCGCUCCUUACAAGCACCACUAUGACGAGUGCGUUGAGCGCGUCACCCGCCAGGAGGAGGAUGAGGAUUACAAGGGCCCCAAGGAGGACUGCGUCGAGGAGUUCUUCCACCUCACUCACUGCGUGACCGCCUGCGCUGCCCCCAAGCUCUGGAGGGAGCUGAAGUAAACGACUCUUCCAUUGAGUCUUGAUUUCGGCGUUCCAUCCAACCCUCGCAUCGACCUGGCCCACGAAUAAUCUUCGCUCUCCACCGCAUCGAUACGGGGCACCCCUUGGACCGAAACGCCGGAAGAAAAACCAAUCCCGCUUUUAUGAUGGCUGCUAAGGCGGACUGAUAGCCUGGUAGCUUGCCGCCUUGGAUUGAGAACGCAGGAUCGAUGCAGAGACAUGAAACCUUGUUUUCUGGUCGUUCUUUGCGUAUUUGUGCGCAUAUGUAUUGUGUUUUCAAGGCAGGGAGGAGGGCUCAGAGGAAGCAACAAAGAAUAAUAGAUCAUUUGCCCUCCUCUUUCAAGCCUUGUGUGUACAGAUAGCUGGUCUUCCGCCUGUUCGAACUGUGCUUUUGUUUAUUCUCUUGUUUUAAAACAAAUCUCAUCUGUCUAGAUUG